CAGACGAUCAUCCAGUUCGGGCUGCUGGUGGAGGCAGGAGCCAGGGACCAGCAGAACGUGGUGUUGUACUACACGCCCAACUCAAAGUUCGCCGCCUCUUCGCAGGUUAUCGCCAACUUCACGAUCCCCGACAUGAGCGGCAAGUGGGUCAAGUACGGCAUCGCCGUGGACGGCACCGACAUCCGGUUGUUUGUGAACUGUGUGGAGGCCGAGAGGGUUCAGUGGUCAAGGACGGUCAGCCGGUUGGACUUUGAACCCGGGUCGGUGUUGUAUAUAGGUCAGGCUGGACCCGCUGCUCCUGAUGUUGGCAGGUUUGAGGGUUCUGUAGAAGAGAUUAAAGUCUUUGCUGACCCAGGGCAGGUCACCGAUAAUGACGACCAAUGUGAUGGUAUGGCCUACAGUGGUUCUGGUGAUGGUAAGGAGACACCCACUUCAGUCACGCCCACAUUUACAGGCAGACAACCAACAAAGGGCAGUAAGGGUGACGCAGGAAUGAAGGGUGACAAAGGUGACGCGGGUAUGAAAGGUGACCGGGGUGAGCAGGGACCUCAGGGACUUCCUGGAUUAGAUCGACCUCCUCUAAUUACACCCCCUCCCCCUGACCUCGAGGGACUGAGAGGACCUAAAGGUGACCGAGGUGAGCCAGGUAAACCAGGUGAGACUGGCAUCCAGGGUUUCCCCGGCGCCAAGGGUCAGGACGGAGAACCAGGUCUGCCCGGCAUCAAUGGACAGAAGGGAGAGAAGGGGGACACAGGGGAGAAGGGAGAAGCUGGAACUCCUGGUCUGAGUGUGGUGGGCCCCCCUGGCCCCCCAGGCCCACCUGGAGAGCCCAUAGACAUCCCGUCAGAUGUAGAGAAGGGCAUGAAGGGAGAGGCGGGGGAGAGAGGGCCACCUGGUGUGUCUAUCAUCGGCCCACCCGGCCCCAGAGGGGAGCCAGGUCCUAAGGGCGAGUCCAUUAUUGGUGUGCCGGGGACUCCUGGCCUGCCCGGCAUGAAAGGUGAACGUGGUCCUGAAGGACCGGUGGGACCACGAGGACCACCGGGGGAGGUCAAAUAUGUCAAUGCUGGUUUUGAUGACGUUGGGUCCUCUGGUGAAGGGGAGAAACUGCCAGGACCACCGGGACCACAAGGACCUGAAGGACCAAGGGGCCCAGUAGGACCACAAGGCCCCCCUGGGUUACCUGGCCAGCAAGGGCCACCAGGGCCAGAGCCACGCAUCACUGAUGAGCUGUUGGAGCAGUUGAAAGGUCCCCAGGGACCUCCAGGUGAACCAGGCAAGCAGGGACCUCUGGGACCUACAGGUUUGCCUGGAAUUCCCGGAGCAGAAGGACCAAGGGGUCCUGAAGGACCAUUAGGACCAAAGGGAGAUAGGGGUGAACCAGGCCUCAAUGGAAUUCCUGGCACAGAUGGUAAGCCUGGUCUGCCAGGCAGAGAUGGCAUCAAUGGAAUCCCAGGAGCACUUGGGCCCAGCGGACCACCAGGGCCACCAGGCCCACCUGGCCCACCAGGUUCCUCUGGCUCGGGUUCUUUUGUUGAACGUGAUGAAUUUUUCACGGACACAGAGGGCAGUGGAAAAUUCGAGCUCAAUAAGCCUGGUGCUGUGGGCGAACGAGGCCCACAAGGACCUCAAGGACCACAGGGCCGCCAGGGGAUCCAAGGAUUGCAGGGACCACGGGGAGACAGGGGGGAGAAGGGGGAGAGAGGCAAUGACGGUGCUAAGGGUGAUGCGGGCCCCAAGGGUGAUGAAGGACCCAGAGGUCUGCCUGGGCCACACGGCCCACCUGGGGCUCCUGGCCAACCUGGACCUGUAGGGCCAUCUGGUGUUGAAGGCACUCCUGGGAGAAAUGGACUGCCUGGUGCAAAGGGUGAAAGAGGUCGAGAUGCCGAGUUCCCACCCAACUGGAAAGAAGAGCUCAAGGGAGAUAAGGGUGAUGUAGGACCUGUAGGACCGCCAGGACCUCCAGGACAAAUCAUUGAAACCUCUGGCUCAGUGGCUUCUCUGCCUGGCCCCCGAGGUCCACAAGGUUUACCAGGCCCACAAGGUUUACCUGGACCACAAGGACCACAAGGUUUUGUAGGACCGGCAGGAUCUCAAGGUCCUAAGGGUGAGCGUGGUAUGGUAGGACCUGCGGGUCCUCCAGGACCUCCUGGUCCUGCAACUGUGGUGAGCAGCGACACAGGGAUUGCAGUUGGUGGCGUGGUGGGACCAAAAGGAGAGCCAGGUCCUCAAGGACCUCCAGGACCUGUAGGACCUAGAGGAUUCCGAGGACCUCAGGGAGAAAUGGGCCUGCCAGGUUUUGUGGGCAGGAACGGGGCACAAGGUAAAAAAGGUGAGCCAGGUGUUGGCAUCAAAGGUGAACCAGGUAUCAGCAUCAAGGGAGAAAAGGGCAGCCCAGGAGACAGAGGACUGCGAGGUUUUGUGGGCCCAGCUGGACCACCAGGGCCACCGGGGACAGUUGCUGACGGCCUCACUGUUCCCAGCUAUCUGCCUGGACCCAAAGGUGAUAAAGGUGACCGCGGCAAGGACGGCAUGCCUGGACUUCAGGGCCUAGAGGGCCAAUCUGGGCCACCUGGCCCACCAGGAUUACCUGGCCGACCAGGGCCACCAGGUCCAGCAAGCUCAUCCAGGCUGGACGAUGACCUUCUUAUGGGCCCUGAAGGUCCACCAGGGCCCCAAGGUCCACCUGGACCUAAAGGAGAACGUGGUGAAGCAGUGGUAGGACCACGAGGUCCGCAAGGUUUUCAGGGCCCACCAGGUCCACCAGGCAUUGGUCUGCCGGGCCCACCAGGACCACCAGGGGACGUCAUCAUUGGCAACAGUGGUAGCUCAGACCGUGUUAUUACUGGGCCCCCAGGCCCUCCUGGGCCCCCCGGUCCUCCAGGUUAUUCAUUUGGAUAUGACAGUAACCAGAGCCAAAUACCCAUAGGUCAAACAGUGGGUGCUGGUGGCGUCAAGGGUGCUGUUGUGUACCUUAACACCCAGGCCUUGAUGCAGGUAUCUUACAACCUGCCUGUUGGCACGCUGGCAUUCCUUACCGAAGAAGAGGUUCUCUACCUCAGGGUCAAGGGUGGUUGGAAGGAAAUUCAGCUGGGUCGCACAAUUCCAAUCAGAGUACCGCCAACAACUUCCAACCCAAGUUCUGAGACAACUACACCGCUACCUUCAAUAAAUGUUCCCAUUGCUGCAUCACUUGUUCAAGGUCCCAUGCUCCACCUGAUAGCACUGGAUAGGUCCAUGUCUGGUCACAUGAGAGGUUUAAGUGGUGUAGACCGCGAGUGCCACAAAGAGGCACUGCAGCAUAAGCUCAGUGGAUCAUACAGGGCGUUCAUCUCAACCACAGACCAACAUCUUAGGUCUAUCAUUCAUUACCAAAGGGACAGGCAACUUCCCAUAGUUAAUCUCAAGAAUCAGAUUUUGUUUAAUUCCUGGGAAGCUUUAACUGACGGCAAUGGCGCAGUGUUCAACAGCGAGACGCCAAUUUACUCUUUUAGCGGCCGGGAUGUCAUGCUGGAUAGUACAUGGCCACAAAAGAUCAUCUGGCACGGCUCAAAUGAGAGAGGAGAACUUUUGACAGAUAAAAUCUGCAACAAAUGGCACACAAGGUCCAACUCAACAGUAGCCGCGGCCAGCUCGCUAAUGAAGCACAAGCUGCUGAACCAAGAGGAAUACACCUGUAAUAAUGCCUUUAUUGUUUUAUGUAUAGAAAUCUCAUCCAGGCGAGACUGAAGUGUUGGGGUGGGGGUGAAUCUGGUCAUGUGAGGUGUGUCUGGUCUAUCUGUGUGAGCCGUUGGGUGGGGUUAGACUGCUCACUCUCUGCUUGGUGUCUCUGCUGUGUACAUGACAUACUCUCCCUUUGUACACUUUGAUGUACACAUGAGAGACUGACAGCCAUAAAAUAUCUUGUGUAAAAUAGCUUUUGAAGAAGUUCACGGUGUGGUGUACAGCUGAUAUGGACUUGUUUGUUUUUUAGAACAAAAGUGUCAAAUAUGAAAUGAAGGAUUUCAAAUCCCUAGCACUAAAUGAAGAUACAACUCUGUCUUUGCCAGUAUUAUGUUUUAGUCUACAGAGUGGGUACAAAAUGUUGAGUUAAAUAGAGGGAAGCACAAAGUUAGAUGUUUCUCUUUAAGUAUUUCAAUUAUUGAGGCGUACUUAGAAAAAUGUUUUAUUUUUUUUAUUGCAUAAAAAUUGGAACAAAAUGUAUAUCUAUUAUAAAAAAAGUAAUAAAAUUAAAUGUAAUAAUGUGACUAAUUACCAAAGAUAAUUAAAAAAGAUAAAGUAAUGUAUCGAAGAUAAGAAAACUGAAUGGGUUAGUUUGUUUGUGAAAUGAUUAUAACUGUUAUCAUGUAUUUUAACGAGGUGAGAAAAAAGAGCGGUUAUAGUCCUGCGCUCUGGUCUAUUUAUUUUCAUGUGAUUAGUUGAGCUUUUAUUUUUUUUUUCAAAAUGGUUUUUAUGUGUGCUGUUUCAAAACUCCUGUUUCAUCUGUGUGCUAAGUGUGUGUACAUUCAGUCACAUCUUUUCAUGUACUAAGCUGUUUGUGUGUACAUAGUCCUCCAGUGUACAAGCUCAAUGUGUACAAUCUGAAGUAGAGGUUGGAGUGAGGGCUCUUUAAUUACAUGUAAAUACAUCUCUCUCUGAUCACUAGAAGGUGGGGGACUGCCUGAAUGGGUUCUUUUAGCUGCUGGCUUUGAGCUAAAGCUGCCUCUAAAACUGAGCUUAAACUGUAUCCAGCUGUGAGCUAAAGCAGCCCAUAACUGAGCUUAAGCUGCCCCUGAGCUAAAACUGCCCCAGCUGUGAGCUAAACUUGCUCCCAGCUUUGAGCUAAAAUGCCCCCAGCUGUGAGCUAAACCUGCCCCCAGCUGUGAGCUAAAGCAGCCCAGUGUCCCCAGCUGUGUAAACCUGCCCCCAGCUAUGAGCUAAACCUGCCCCCAGCUGUGAGCUAAACUGCCCCCAGCUGUGAGCUAAAGCAGCCCAUUCAGUGUCCCCCAGCUGUGUCAACCUGCCUUGUGAAGUGAAUGUUGAGAGAGGCCAGCUGAUGUGAUACUUGUUAACAUGGCAUAAUCAAUCAAUUCUUGGCAAUACGAUGUUCUAGCAAGUCAUGUUUUUACCCACCGUUUUGUUCCUAGAUGGUCUCUUGUUCUUUUGUCCACUACAGUAUAUGCCAUUUGUCCACUACAGUGUUUGUCAUUUGUCCACUACUGUGUUGGUCAUUUGUCCACUACUGUGUUGGUCAUUUGUCCACUACUGUGUUGGUCAUUUGUCCACUACAGUGUUGGUCAUUUGUCCUCUACUGUGUUGGUCAUUUGUCCACGACUGUGUUGGUCAUUUGUCUACUACUGUGUUGAUCAUUUGUCCAUUACUGUAUUGGUCAUUUGUCCUCUACUGUAUUGGUCAUUUGUCCAUUAUCAUAUUGGUCAUUUGUCCAUACUGCAUGCCAUGUACACAGGAUAUUUUCUGUUUUCUUCAUGUAAGACAUUAGCUCUGUAUUUAUCAUCCUCAUAGAGAAGACUUUAGUAGCCCAUACUGUUCAUGUUUGUUUUAGUCAUUUUUUAACUACACAAUUAGUACCAAAACAUUGUGAUAAAGUAUUUCAUUUCAUAAAAGAGUUCUCUUGUUUUUUUUAAUAUCUGCUUGUGGUCAAUUGUCUAAGCUGGUCUGAAGUAUGUUGCCUUGACCUUCAAACUUGGUCAUGUGACAAACAAUUUUCUCUUUCUUUCCAUGCCGUGCUAGAGUGUAUAUUAGCAUAACACAUUCAAAUGUAUAUUAUUGCCUAACGCUUUGUUAGAUUAACCUCCCUUAUGUUAUAAAUUAACUCCCUUACAACUGAGUUACUGUACCUAUCAGAGAAUAUCUUUUAUAUUUAUGCCCUAACAUGUUUAUGUCUCUGCUUCAUACUCUUACAAUAUGUUUUUGUUUUAUAGCUUCACAUUUUAUUCAAUGAAGUAAACUGAAUGUAUAUUUUUAACAAAGAUAAGAUUAGUUAUAUAGUUGGCUUUAGUUGAUUCUAUUUAACUAUUGACGUUCAAAUAAUUCGAUUUUUUAAGUUUUUCAUUUAUGUUAACUGUAUUUUUAAAAAUAAUUAUGAUAAUUUUUAAACAAGCAUGAAUAGAUGACUAGAUCUAGAUGUAUUUUUUACAAACCAUAGUAAGCAGUGGUCCAAAAACAUAAAAAACCGAAUAUAUUUGUCUUUCCAAAUCCUGGAUUGGCAGUAUAUUGAUGGUUCAUCUUUUGUAACUAACUUCCCUGCUUUAUCAAAGAAACAUUUCAAUUAUGUCAUUUACAGCUUCAUUUUUUAAUAUAUUAAACUAUAAAUUUGCUAAAUCUAACUAAAUUAUUAAAUUAUUAUGAAAUGUUAAACACUUGUCUAAUUUAGGUAUGUAUGAAAUAAAAUCGUUAGUGUACCAUAAAUGAAAAGAGUGAGAAACAUUUCCUCUUAGUAUUUCAUUUUUUUUUCAGUUACUGAUAGAUAAGAAAUGAUUUUUUAUGUGGAGAUGGUGACAAAUGUAAACUGGUAAAUCAUUUCAAAAAGCUGCUUGUAGUCGAAUGCUCUCCCUUUAAGAAAAAAGGUCAACCUCAUUUCUGCGAUUGUCAAAUCUGUAAUGUUUCUCUAGCUGUUGUUACUAUAUUUAGAUUAUAAGUGAAGAGUUCUGUGUAAACUUACACCACUAAACAGAACUGAAGAUUUAAAUAAAAACCAAAAAACAAUGGUGCUACAAUUCUAUCAUUAUAUAUAAAAUAUGCAACAAAAUUUUAA